AUUUUAAAAUGAUGCAUUCAUUCGCGUGGGGAAGAAUAUUAUUAAUUGUGAUUAAUACUAUGACUUAUGAAACAUUAUCACUUUCAUACUGUAACCUGAAAUCAUGUCCUGAUAAAUCUCAUACAAUGUGUCGAUAUUCUUCAGAUUAUGCUCCUGAAUGUGGUGACAAAUCAAUUAUUGAAUCAGGAAUGUCAUCCAAUCAAAAGAAAGAAGUUAUUGAUACUCAUAAUAACUUGAGACAUUUUGUUGCAUGUGGAAAUGAGAAGAGAGGUGAUCCUGGACCCCAACCACCUGCAACGAAUAUGGGUCCUGUGACAUGGGAUGAUGAGUUGGCAACUAUUGCUCAAAGAUGGGCCAAUCAAUGUGUAUUUGGUCAUGAUGACUGUCGAGAUACUGAACGAUUCGAGGUGGGUCAGAAUGUUGCCUUUGCAAGUUCUUCAAAAAAAUAUCCAAACAAUAUGACAAGUCUUAUCAUGCAAUGGUAUGAGGAAGUCAAUGAUUUGGAUAAAAAACAUGUCAAGUCAAUGGGAGACAAUCCUUCUUUACAUUAUACCCAGAUGAUUUGGGCAGAUAGUGAGUAUGUAGGAUGUGGACUGAUAAAAUUUAAGAAAAACAAUCGUUGGUAUACUACUCAAAUAGUUUGUAAUUAUGGACCAACAGGCAAUAUUGAAGGAAUGCCUAUAUAUGAAACAUAAAAUUUAUUUAAUUACGACAUUUAUUAUUAUACAAUAAUUAUUUUUCAAUAAAAGAAAAGUCAUUUUAAAAAUAAAAA